AUGCAAGAAGUUAUUGAUUAUGAUGGCCUUUCAUAAAACUUCAAUUAAUGUCCAAUUUGUUAGGAACAAAAAGAAGAUAAUUCUGAAUUAAAGUGUAAGCACGUAUUUUGCAGGUUGAUUUGUUAAUAAUAUUAGAAAAUGUUUAGAAUAGUAUUUAAAUGUAAAAAUAGAUGAAGGAAUAGUAAUGCAGAUUAGAUGUCCUUCCUGUCUGUACGAGCUCUCAUAUGAUGAAGUUGUUUCAAAUAUUGAAAAAAUCAAACUCGACAAAUAUGCAAAAUUAAGAACACUUUAAUAUGGUGAGAGUGAUCCCACAUUAAGACACUGUCCUAAUAAAUAAUGUGAAUACUAUGUUCAUUUGGAUUCCAAAAGAUGCUCGUGUGGAUAAGAAAUUUGUGUUGAUUGUGGGAAUUAAUACCAUGGACUGAGGAGUUGUGAUGAAUUGAUGGACUCAAUAUUUGUCUUAGAUAGUAGGCAAGAGAAAAUAUAAAGAUGUCCAAAAUGCAAGAUCGUAGUUCAAAAAGAAGGUGGAUGCAAUCAUAUGACAUGUAAGAGGUGCGAAUAUUAAUUUUGUUGGAUUUGCAGGAGAAAAUAUACAUGUAUUUUGUUUAAGAAAAAUAAUUUAGAAUAACAUUAUAAUAAUUACAACUAUUUUUUUGGAUGUCCAAAUAAGCAAUACUCAGAUACCAAACCAUGGAAGUAUCCAACAUUAUAUAAAAUUCUGCCUUUCUUGUUGUUCUUCUUAUUGUCGCCUGUUUGGAUAGUAUUGGGAGUUAUCUUACUUGUAGGACAUCCUUUCUCUGGAGCCUAUUAUAUAUUUAAUCGAUGGGACAAUGAUGCAGUUGGUAGGUAAAAAUAUUUAUUAAUUUUAGGUUGAGAACUGUUUAAUUUGUAAUGGUCACUUUUUUUGUUUAUUUUAUUGGAGGAAUAGUCCUAUACCCUUUUGUAGUGUUGUACGAAUGCAUAAAGAUUCUCUUUUUCUUGGUGUCCUUACUAGUCAGUUUAAUAAAGAAGUUUAGAAAAUUUUGA